GGUUCUCUUCCGUCGCGGGAUUUCGCCAUGGUAAGACGUCUGCGUCCUAGCUCCGGACUUAUCUGCCUCCAUCCUUUGAAGAAGGGCCUUCCAUCUUGGCAAGCUUUUACUUUUCGGGUACCGCUGCUUGGCGGGUGGGAAUGCUGCUGGUGCUGCUUCAGGAAACCCGAUUUGGAGAGCGGAGGUCUGAGAAGAGUGCGGCUGGGGGUUCCGGGCUGGCCCUUGUGCUCGGCCUGGGCGCCGGUGGUGCUGUUGGCACGCCCGGGGCCCCAAGAAGCACUUGAAGCGUGUUGCAGCGCCGAAGCAUUGGAUGCUGGAUAAACUAACUGGUGUAUUUGCACCUCGUCCAUCGACAGGUCCUCACAAGCUGAGGGAAUGUCUUCCCCUGAUAGUCUUCCUCAGGAAUAGACUCAAGUAUGCAUUGACUGGAGAUGAGGUAAAGAAGAUAUGUAUGCAACGCUUCAUCAAAAUUGAUGGCAAGGUUCGAGUGGACAUUACAUACCCUGCUGGAUUCAUGGAUGUCAUCAGCAUUGAGAAAACAGGUGAGCAUUUCCGCCUGGUCUAUGAUACCAAGGGCCGUUUUGCUGUUCAUCGUAUCACAGUGGAAGAGGCAAAGUACAAGUUGUGCAAAGUGAGGAAGAUUACUGUGGGGACAAAGGGAAUUCCACACCUGGUGACUCAUGAUGCUCGAACCAUUCGCUACCCAGAUCCUCUCAUCAAGGUGAACGAUACUGUGCAGAUUGAUUUAGGGACUGGGAAGAUAACCAGCUUUAUCAAAUUUGACACAGGCAAUGUAUGUAUGGUGAUUGGUGGAGCUAACCUCGGUCGUGUUGGUGUGGUCACAAACAGGGAAAGACAUCCUGGUUCUUGCGAUGUGGUACAUGUGAAGGAUGCCAACGGCAACAGCUUUGCCACAAGGAUUUCCAACAUUUUUGUCAUUGGCAAUCACUGAGUGCCUUAUGGAAAAAGAUGUUCAUGAAAAGCUUCUUGACUGAUUGCUUCACACAAAAUAGAAGCAGGAAGACCUGUAUUCAGCAGCUCAGCAGUGGGGAGUGGGAGGAACAGUGAGAGACAGACAACCUCUCAGGAAACAUGUAUAAGGAAAUUUUUAUUUUGUUGGGAAUUUUGUUUGGUUGCGUUCUGUUAGCUGCCCCUUAAUGUAAAGGAAGGUACAAGACAUGUGUGUUUUGGUGGAGUGUUGUUUUUUUCCCGUCUUUCCCUCCAGCUUUCUUUCGUCUCCUCCCUUUUCAUCCCUUUCUUUAUGUACUUAUUUUAUCUGCUUCUCAAUUACAGGGUAAUAAACCUUGGAUUUCCCUGCCCAGGGGAAAGGGCAUCCGACUUACUAUUGCUGAAGAGAGAGACAAGAGGCUGGCUGCCAAACAGAGCAGUGGCUAAAUUACAGUAGUGGCUUCUUUUUUUUCUUUGCACAAAUAAACAAUGAAUUCUUGUUUCCUAA